AUGACUUGGCCCCUUUUGUUGGCAAAGGAAGUUGAGUGGAGAACAUGUUUCGUUUCCCUACGUAUACUCGGAGCGCGUAGGGAAUAUCAAGGUCGCGUUCGACGUAGGACACCGCAUCGCUGCCUGGUCUUCAACGUGCAACUCCGAUACCAGCAUGGUGUUCAACGCCCGUUCAUGGGAGGUGGUUUAGGGGGCAACGCUUUCCUGCAGGAAAGGGAAAUUAUUGGCCGAAUCGUACUAUCAUUCCUCAGUGAUUCUACUCCGGGUGUGGAGCUGAUAUCUGGCAGUACGAAUGGAGUCAAGCAUGCAAAAAGACACCUCUCCUGGCUUGAACUAGUGGGUCCCGGAGCACGUACCUGCAGUCCGACAGGAAAGUGGUUCCUCGAGGCUCGCUCUUCGAAGGCCCUUCAUGGGUCAGGCUGCUUUUCUCGCCGAAUCCGCGAUGUCGGCGGAGCGCUGCCUGGUAUCACAGAUAUGAAAGUCGGAGAAAGGAUGUCAUUCAAGCGCUCAGGCCUCAGGUCUGACAGGAAGAAUUGUCUAAUUAACGCUGGCAAUUCAAGUACGGCACUAUCAUCCGAUCGAAUAAUUACGAUUCAACCACAGAUAAACAAGUAUUGCGAACGGCUUGAAGAAAGAAGAGGAAAUACCCGGAUACAGCUCCUGUCGUGUCCUGAAUUCGUUUCGGUCUUGCAAGCGAACCAGCGUCAGUUGCUUACUCCACGUUGCCCCCGCAUGAAUGAGCACGUUCCCAAGGCAACUCUAGUGGAGGACUUUCACCCGAUGCAGUUCGAAUUGGAACCGUUGUACUCUGGUCCAUCCACCCCGGCCACCGACAGGCCACGGAGUCCAGAGACAACAAGCAAUCAUACGUCUGAUGAAACUGUGGAAGAAGAGGCUAAGUCGAACUCACGGCCCAGUACACGCGAUAUCCUUUCGUUCAUCGGCAUCGCUAUCAUGCUAGUUUGGCCUUGGAUUUUCUUUGGCGUGGUGUGGGCCAAUGGAGGUGUACAGAUGAACAACCAUCUCGCCAAGGUCGUCAGGAACCACCCUCAGGCCACCACCUAUUUCAUCACAUUCAUUUGCAGCAUUAUCUCCCUGAUCAUCGGUGAACUAUUUUCCCUCGCUAUCAUUCGCUUUGCCCAAGAGUUGGUCACGUAUCGCAAACCGACCCGGCCCUUUCAUCUGACGGUGCUAUUAGCUUUCAGACGUCAGACGUGGCCUUGGGGCAAGAGUAUGAAAGAUGCGAAGUACCUGAUGACCAAAGAUAGUACCACGACUCUCCUCACUCCCACCUCCUUCAUUCGGACGGCCAGUCUGACAGGAACUGAGAUUGACCUCUCAUCGACUGAUGCCGAAUGUCUUUACUGGUUUGAAAUGCACCCAAUCAGUUCUAUUUGUGGCUGGCAAGUCAUUGACAAUUUUACAUACAACACCUGUCCCGGAACGACCCAAGGGGCUGAUUUCCUAGAUGCCGGUCGCGGUAAACUUGGUUUCAAGACUGGACUGCAUUUUCAAGGAUCUGUACGAGGCAUCUUGCCUAUUGGUCUCAACAGAGUACCUGCUUUCGACACGCUUGCGCCUUCUCCUCUCUCAAAACCCGAGAUAGCAGCAGGAAUGAUCUCAUAUAACUACACCCUUCAUCAGCAAGGUUUGUUAAGCAACGUGAGAUGCAGUUAUGCUCCAACCUACCCCUUCAAUAUUACCUCUUUGUCUCCCGCCGGCGCUCCGGUUUUGGCUACAUCCUACAAUGUCAACUGCACCAGUCAGGGAAAAAUGGAUGCUUUGACAAAUAUGUCGUUUAUUCCGUCCUCCUGGAGCAACAAUACGCUAGUUUACUGGGCAUGCCAGGACAACAUUCCGACGGCUUCUUAUACUAUCUACUUGGCUGGGUUGGAUGAUUAUGCAACACAGGUUGGGAAUAUCACUUGUGUCAUAAACCUGAUACAAUCUGCCGUGUACUCAGUAAUGUAUUGGUCGACGGAAGACAUUUUCUCUGCUACAGAACUUGAAGCAAACACAUCCUCUCCCAUUGCAUUUUCUUUACUCAUCAAUCACGCAUUGGAGUAG